UCUCAAGGAAAAUAAACUUAUAUAUUUGAUUUAGAGGAGAAGAAAAAAGAAUUGAAAGAUGGAGGAUAUGCCGCCUGGUUUUCGGUUCUACCCAACUGAAGAAGAGUUGAUUUCGUUUUAUCUCCAUCACAAGCUAGAAAGUGAGAGGGAGGAUUUGAACCGUCUUAUGGAUCGGGUUAUACCAAUUGUCAACAUUUAUGAGUUCAAUCCUUGGGAUCUCCCACAAUUGUCCUUGUACCUAUGCCACAAGGACCCUGAACAAUGGUUCUUCUUCAUUCCAAGGCAAGAGAGUGAAGCACGGGGAGGAAGACCAAAGCGGCUAACAACAACAGGGUACUGGAAAGCUACUGGCUCUCCGGGUUGUGUUUAUUCUUCCACCAAUCGCCCGAUCGGCGUAAAAAGAACCAUGGUUUUCUACAAUGGAAGAGCUCCUAAUGGAAGAAAAACUGAGUGGAAAAUGAUUGAAUACAAAGCUAUCGUAGAAGCAGCAGCUUCAUCUAAUGGUGCAACUCCAACUUUGAGGCACGAAUUCAGCUUGUGCCGGGUAUAUAAGAAAUCGAAAUGCUUACGGUCAUUUGACAGGCGACCACCAGCAGAAGGAGUUCAGAUACGCGACCCAGCGGCUGAUAAUCAAGGUCAAGCUGCUGUUGGAGCAGCAGCGGCAUGUCAUCAGAGCCCUCAAAUGGCAGAGAGAACGAUCAGCUCACCAGAGAGUUCAUCCUCAGGGGAUCAUGGGAAUCCUUCUCAAACUGGGGAAAGCAGCAACUCAUCAGCAAUGGCAGUUGAUUUUAAUGAACCUUUCUGGGAUCUUCUUGAUGGCUUCUAGGAUUCCACGAAGUAAAGAGAGAGGAUUUUGAAGCUCAAGCUGACUUUGCAUGGGUGGUGCAAAGAUGAUUGGAAGGUGAAUUAUCUCCCAAGAAACUCAAUGAACCUAGUCUUAAGAAAAUAUAAGAAUAAUAAGCUGUCAAUAUUUUUGGUUAAAGUCAAUAAUUUUUUUGAAUGGCAAGAAAUUUAUAACCAUACGAGUCUCACAAGAAAAACACAUUCAUAAAAUGGUACAAGGCAAAAAAAAGAACGUAACAGAUCAGGCUGCAAACCAAAAUGAAAAUUAACUUGCAGAGUAGUGCUUUCUCUCUCUUUUUUUUUUUUUUUCCAAUAUUUGUCUUCAUCUUUUUCCUCCAAAUCAAUAAAAGAGAAGGGAAGACAAGUUGAAGUUUCAGAAAUAGUGUAAAAUAUUAUUGAAUUUAUGAAGGAGAAGAAGCAGAGAUAGGGAAAGAAAACUUCAAAUUUUAGUGUGCA